CUUAAAAUGCAGUUAAACACCCCUGAAGAUGACAGAAUUCCACAAAAAUAUGUAGAGUAAAAAUUAACAUUAAAAUGUGAAGAUAAUGACAGUUGUAUCAUAUGGUUUUUAUUUAAUUGACUUAAUGGAAAAAAUGGUAAUAAUAAUAAUGACGUCUUUAAAAUAAGUAUCUGGUUUACUUCAGAGAAAUUACAUGUGUGCAUUACUUAUAGUCUGUACUUUGAACUAGUGUUCACUGUUUCAAUGUUGAAAGUGAUGUCAGAGGAAAACAGCAGAAUGAAGUGACAAAGUGCAUUGCAUCAUAGUGUUAAGGAGGAAAGAACAAUUUUGGAGCUGGAUGGUCACACAAUUUGGCAGACCAGUUGUUCAAAUACAGUAUCUGUAUUGUUUUAAUUGUUGUAAGUUCAACCAUAAACCUGACUCAAAUUCACUAUUACAAGGCGUCCAUCUCCGUACUUUCACCCUUAACUCAAACAUGUAUGCAAAUUUGUAUCUGAAAACUAGCCAUAGAUUUACAACCUGGUAGUCAUAUGUUUAUAUCAGAACUUAAUGUAUUGCUUUCGAAGGGAAUAAUUUUUGUGAGUGAGGGAACCAGCCAGUAAAGCAUUGCAUGCAGGAAUAGAAAUGCAUUUGUAGGUAGAGGUGAGUAGUCAGAGUCAGACCUAUUGUUUUCUAGCCCUUUCUGCCCGAGUGAUUCCAAUUGGAAUCGCUAUCUCUCUUGACUUUUGAAGCCCAUAUUACGCGGCGAAUGAUUCCAGUUGGUAUCAUACGUUAUAGUUCCGUUCUUUGCCGACAGAUCGGAGCAGUUGUUUGAUCGGUCGCUAUCGAUUGUUCAUUCACAUGCUUCUGAUGUUUGUUGACUUGCAUAUGGCGAUGGAAGUUCCGACUGCACUUUAUUCUGUAUAAAUUACUAACAGAAUAUGUUACGUCCUGCGGAAAUUGUAUGUAGACUGCUUCAAUGUGCCUGUGGAAAUUCACAUGAUGAAUGACUAUGAAGAAGAAGAUUUAGAUGACACACCCCUCAUUGUGAGACUUGCAAGUCAAAAUCAAAGCGAGGUACUUAUACACGAAGUAAGAAAUAAAAGUUGGCGACACAAAAGCAUGGAACCAAUAGAUGUGACCUACAAUUCCACAUAUUCUGAGCCUCCAAAUGAUGACAUCAGCCCAUUGAAUUACUUCGAAAAAUUUAUUGAUAACAGCAUCAUUCAAAACCUAGUAGAUCAAACAAAUUUGUAUUCUACACAGAAAACAGGAAAGUCCAUCAACACAUCAAUAAUCGAAAUGUCACAGUUUCUUGGAGUACACAUUUUAGCUGGAGUUGUUCACGUGCCAAAAUAUAGGAUGUACUGGGCUGAUACUACCCGUUACGAGCCUAUAGCAGGAACUAUGCCACGUGAUCGAUUUUGUAAGUUGAGGAAUUAUUUGCAUGCAAAUAAUAAUGAUAACAUGGUUCCAAGAGAACAUGAAGACUAUGAUAAAUUAUUCAAAAUCAGACCUUUUGUGGAUUCUCUGAGAAAUAAUUUUCUAAAAAUCGAACCAGAAGAGUAGACAAUUCAGUAGACGAGAUGAUGAUUCCGCUCAAGUCUCACACAUCUAUGCUGCAAUAUAUAAAGAGCAAGCCACACCGAUGGGGAGUAAAAGUAUUUGUACAGGCUGGUGUAAGUGGUAUAGUUUAUGAUUUUGAAAUCUAUGUAGGGAAGGGGACAAGAGUGAAAGAUGGUCCUUUAGGUAUGAGUGGCAGUGUAGUCUUGAGGCUUGUAGAUGAUUUGCCAAAAUAUCAGAACCACAAAUUAUUUGUUGAUAAUUGGUUUGCUUCCUAUGACCUGCCUGUGGAACUAAAGAAACUGGGAAUAUAUAUGGUGGCAACCCUGAGAAAGAACCGAUUGGCGGGGUGCUCUUUGCAAACAGACGCUUCUUUGAAAAAAAGAGGUCGAGGUUCUUAUGAUUACAGAGUAGAGACGAAUGAGAACAUCAUGUUACUAAAAUGGUUUGACAAUAAGGCAGUGCACCUUAUCUCUUCUUAUAAAAGUCAAGAGCCCAUUGAAAAUGUAAGACGAUGGUCAGUUUCUUCUAAGCAAUAUGUGAAUGUCCCUCGGCCUGCAAUAGUGAAUGAAUACAACACUUUUAUGGGGGGCGUUGAUCUGCACGAUAUGCUUCUUCAACUCUACCGAACAAACAUCAAGGGACGUCGGUUCUACCUCAGAAUUAUAUUUCAUCUAAUCAACAUGGCAUGCGUCAAUGCAUGGCUGUUGUAUAGAAGACAUUGCAGCCAGAAAAAUGAGAAAUACCGACCAUUGCUUGAUUUUGUUUGUGAUAUUGCAGCAGGUCUUUUGAAGAGGGGUACAACAGAACCAAGAAAGAGAGGGUGUCCAACUGAUUCACCAAAGCCAGGACCAUCGAAGAAGAGGAGAAUGGAAAAAUCAACCCGUCCUGUCGCGGAUGUAUGCUAUGAUAGUGUAGGCCACUGGCCUCAACACGAACCUGCCAAGUCAAGAUGCACAUUGUGUAUCAAAAGUUACUCUAGGAUCAAGUGUGUGAAAUGUAAUGUUUCACUCUGCCUCAACAAAGAAAAAACUGUUUCAAAGAUUUCCACAUAACAUGACUUGAAUGCUAUCAUGUAUCAAAACCAGCAAAGGUUUUCAAAUGUUUUGUAAUAUUUAGAUACACAUGGUUAGAGUAAAAGGUGAAUUAAAGAAAAGUAAAAUGAGAAUUACAGAAAAGUAAAAUGUUUAUUUUUUUGCCUUCUCUAGCUGCACCACAAUGUCCCAAUGAUACCAUUUGGAACCGUUUCAGAAUUUGUAACCCAAAUUUUAUUUUUAUAAAUAUGUCUGAAAUUUUUGUUUAAUUGGACCUAAAGACAAAAUAACUUGAAAGAAAAAAUUAUUUCAUUUGUAAAAAAAAUUCAGGUCAGAAAGGGCUAGGGAAAGAACUGUGGAUUGCUGGAGCCUGGAUAGGAGGCUGAGAGAUACCCAGAAUUGGUCUAGACAUGUGACAAAUGGGGAAAUUCCCACUACUGGCUGGGAAUUAAACCCUAGCACCCAAUUGAACAGGAAGUGGCACAAACUUGGAGUGCAAUGACCUCAUAGCAGAGUGUGCAACUAGCAAAUUGAGGGAAGUGAAAACUUGUGUAGGCUGCAUUAUCAUGGUGGGUACAUAUUAUUUUCCUUUACAGUAUAUUAAUAUAAUAGUGAUUUCAGUAUUUUGUAACUGCAUAAAAAUAAACCUUGUCAUCAUAAGCAUACAGCUGGCUACCAGGGAAAUUAAACCUGUACACUAUCAUUGAAAUCCUUUGUUUUUCACCCAUAUAAAAUGUUACUUUAUUUUCCUCUGGCCUGCAUUCCCCUAGGAGUAGCCUUGGUGAUUACAAAACACUAGUACUUGGACAUACAAACAUCUAUGUCAGAAUUAAGGGACAAAGCAAACCUUAUUCUCAUGCUGUGGCCAUCUGUUACAUAACAUUGCAGGCCAACAUUUACUCUUCUG